AUGCCAUACGCUAAAUGCACAAUGCCGCCUGAACCCGUGAAGACGCCGCUUCGAAAGACUGGCCGACUUCCUACAUCGUCGAGCCCAGAAGGCGCAACCGACUCAGAUUCGGCCUCCGGCCUGACUCAGUGCCUACUUCAGGACAAAAGUAAUCGUGUCGCCACGGUAACGGAGAAACAGACUCGUUUCUCUCAAACUCCAUCCUCUCGCGGUCCUUCAAGCCCGGCCACAAACAGGCCCACCUCAGUCGCCGACGUGUCCGGCUUCUCUCCGGUCCCUUUGAUCGCAUCAGACCGGGACACCAAACAGACGGUCCGGUUGCUGGCCAACGGUUGUUUGGCCGGCAAGCUGGACCCGGCAACCGGCAACAUCGUCGGUGGCGCUGCGUCCGAAGUGGGCGGCAUCGGGCCGCGGCAGCGUCAGCGGCAACGGCGUCUGCUCGAGACCUCCGCACCGAGUCCCUCCGACGCGACGGCGGUUUCGGUCCCCGAGUCCGUUCGCUCCCACACGUUGGGAGGAGCCUCGAACUGCUGCUGCUGUUGCUGUUGCUGUGGAUACUGUUGCAAUUGUUGCAAGCAGACCGGCGGCUGUCCCCACGGCCGCCGAGCGCCCGGUUCCGGCGUCUCCGAGUCCUGUCACGCCCUGGACCCCCUCGAGGCCUCGUCCACGCCCAUGACAACUCGGUUGCAGAAUCUCGUCCCAUCUUAUCUCGAGGCAACGCAAUGUCCCCACCGACGAGCUCAAUCUCUGCCGCCGGCCGAAACAUCUGCCGGUCACUGCGAUUGUCCCGUCUGUCCGUCCCGUCUUUCCGCAAGCCUCGCCAACCACGGCCGGUCUGUGGUUGCGGCCAAGCCAGAGGGUCGAACAAUCGUGACGCCGGGCAGAUGCGCCGUCUGUCAGUACACCAGACAACAACGCCAGACCUGGCAACAGACACCGGCUUGCGAUGCUGCGUUUGUCGGUCCGUGGAGCGGAGGCCAGCCGAAGGAGGCGGUGACAACUGGCGACUCGGCCCGACGACGUCAGAUGAGCCUGCGCGCCUCAGUCUGGUGGCCGGACGAGACGACCGGCGCAUGUGCAACAUGUGCCCGAUCGGACGGCAACCCCCGCCCUGACGACAUGUGGCCGGAGGCCAGACUGCGUUACGCCUAUCGCAACGGCCAGCAGGUGUUGGUGCAACCGCAGACA